CAAACAGAAAAAAAAUACAUAUACUUAAAAAAUGAAGAAUGUCUCGUUGAAGCUGUUUUUAUUUGUUACUCUUCUUUUCGUUGUCUUGCGAGAAGAUCUUGCAAAGGCCAAGAGAUGCGACGUAAACUCUGACUGUCAAGGCUUACAAUCUUGUCAGAGAGGCCCAGAAUUAGGAUACUGCGAUGAUGGAACUUGCAAGUGUCUACCAUUACCAGCGACGAAUACAAAAACCAUCGAUGUGAAUCAUGGAGGAAUAUGCGAUACAUACCUCGAGUGUGGAAGCAUGUUAUGCUCUGAUUAUCGUAAGGCAUGUUGCAUAAAUGAUAAAUGUGCGUGUCGUAAACCAGGCCAAAAUGUGCCCAACUGCCCAAAUUAAAUUAUGUUAAAAUCUUCAUUGUUAUAAUCGAUUAUCAAUGAGUUAUUAAGCACUUUGUAUCCAUCGACAACUUUUCUAUGUU